CCUGAGGGCGAGGGCGCUGUCCCCGGGCGGGCGGGGCCGCGCGCCAGCCCAGUCGGUACCUCCCCCCCGGCGACCGCGUCCCGCCCACCGAGCCGGCGGGGCGCUGAGCGGUGUCUGUGUGCGCAGGUGAGCCCGAUGCGGAUGCGGCGGCCGGGCGAGGCGCAGCGCCGCUGUCCCCGGCAGGUGCCGGAGAACGAGCCUGGGGCGGGAGACAUGGAGUCCGACGGAGACCUCCCGGCGGAUCCGCCCUCGGCCCCUCAGAGUGGGAUGGAGGAGCCUGAGAAGGAGGCAGAUGAUGAGGGAGGGAACACUGCCUGGCAGCAGAGCCUGAAUCCCGAGCUGCAGCAGGGGUACCGCAUCCUGCGCGAGUUCCUGCUGGAGAAGUACCGGCCUCUGACGGCGCCGUUCCUGAAGCCCCUCGCGGAUCAGGCAUUUUUCGGGGAAGAAGGCUCUGGCUCCCUCUUGGGCCGUAAGAGCAGCCAGUCCUUGCAGCAGAUGCCCGCUGGAAUAUGGCUAUUGAAAAUGGAAGAGAAAUUUUCCACUGGGCAGUACACAGGGAUAGCAGAUUUCGUGUGUGACUUCCGGCUCAUGCUGGAGACUUGCUAUCGGCUGCACGGUGUGGAUCACUGGCUCUCCAAACAGGCCCAGAAGCUGGAGAUGAUGCUGGAACAGAAGUUGGCGCUGCUGUCCCGGCAUUUAAGAGAGAAAACAUCAUUAGCUGUAACAUCUAGAGGAUGCUAUGGGCAGGAGGAUGAAAAAACAACAGCAAGCAUUUCUACAAGACGUCGUUCCACGCCUCGCAAUUUAGUAGGUUUGUCAACGGGCGUGUUUGAGUCUGUGAUGGUUCAGGUUCUAAGACAAGAAGAGCAACUGAGAGCAAAAGAGGAAAAGAGGCAGAGAGAUCAAGAAAGAAAAGAAGCAGAAGAAGCUAGUCAGAAAGAAAUAGAAGAAUGGGAAAAAUCACUUUUAGCUCAAGCAGCACCUACAAGGAUGGAGACAAUGUGGGAGAUUCCAGCUAUUGGUCAUUUUCUUUGCUUGGCACAACAGAUUUUAAACUUACCUGAAAUAGUAUUCUAUGAAUUGGAACGUUGUCUUCUGAUGCCUCAGUGUAAUGUUUUUUUAUCUAAAAUAAUGACUUCUUUGUUAAGUCCUCCUCAUCGCAGACCUACAUUACAUCGCAGGCCUACAUUUUCCUACAGGACUUGGGAGGCAGCACUCAGAAAGAAAGUGCAACACUGGUAUACUGUUGUGGGGCAGACUGACAAUCCUAAUGCUGCUGCAGAAAAACUUGGAUUGUGUCCCCAGUUUUUCAAAGUUCUCGGAGAAGUUAAUCCCUUGGACGAAAAACCAUUUCAUGAGCUACCGUUCUAUCAAAAAGUAUGGCUGCUAAAAGGUCUUUGUGACUUCGUAUAUGAAACACAAAAGGAUGUUCAGGAUGCGGUGCUAGGUCAGCCUAUCCAUGAAUGCAGAGAAGUAAUUCUUGGUUAUGACUGCUUGGAAAAUGCAUAUGUUCACUUUCCACAGUUCUGUGGUGCAGAUGUUCGAAUUUACAAACAAAAACCUUUUCAGGCUCCUGAAUUCCCAUCUCUUCCCAUCAAAGUUAAAAAAGUGCCACGUAUUAAAUUGGAAAGAGUAAAACAUGAAUAUGUGAGCAAAAGCAAUGGGGAGGUCACUUCUGCUGGGAGAGAGCUGCUGUGUCAUUCCAAGACAGAAGGAGAGAAAAGUAUGGAUAUUGUUAUCUGUCCGGAAAAAAAAGCACGUUUAAGUGGCUUUAGAGUCACCACAGAGGAAAUGAAGGUUGAUUGUGACGUAAAAGCCUCAAGAGUUUGUGACAUCAAAAAAACUGGUUGUUAUAAAGAGAACUUCAGGAAUUUGAUUACUUCAGGAGAGAUUGUGGAUAUGAGUGGUCACCCUAGCUCAAAAGAAGUAACAGAUGUGGAGAAUGGACAAGGUUGCACUGAAAUGUCCAGAGUAAGACCUGAGCUGAGUCCAUUCAAGGGGAACACACUGAAAGCUUGCCAAAUCCAUGUCAAUGGCACUUAUAAUGAAAACCAAGGCAGAAAUUACCAUGAAUCUGCUGAAGAAACGGUGCUAGAGACCUUUCUGCAAAAUAAGAAGAAACUAAAUAAGAUGCUAGCAAAAAAGAAGAAAAAGAAAAAAAAGAAGUUGAAGGAUAUUCUAAAUGAAAAUCUGCAGAGAAAACUUGAUGACUUGCAAAGAAAGCGUGAGAUUCAUCUUCAUCCAUUCAAAUCUUUUAAGUCUGAGAUCCAGAACAAGUUGUUUUUUAUUAAAAAGAAAGCAAAACAUAAGAAGCACAAGUCUGGAAAAAAAUCGUUAUCUAAAAAAGCAAUCACAAAGAAGAGGAAAGGUAUCAGAAAGUCUACCAUACCAGAAUUUCAGCUUAUUUGCACUAAUCUUGAUGAACUCAGGGAAUUAAUCACAAAGAUUGAGAAUGAACUCAAAGAUCUGGAGGACAUUAAAAAGAAAUCGGGAAGAUGGUUCCACCGGAAGCAAGCAGUAAAGGAAUUGCAUGGUACAUUGUUACGACUGCUUAAUGAACUGUUACCAUGGGAACCAAAGCUAAUUAAAGCAUUUCAAAGAAACAGGUCUAGAUUGAAGAAGGACUAUGAUGACUUUAAAAGACAUCCAGACCAUGAUAAAUUUACCAGAGAAUUGUGGAGUAAUGAUGAAAGUGAAGUUGAUUCUGGCAAAGAAUCUUUUGCAGUAGUAUGCAGUAAAUCAUCAGAAUCUGCAGAACAUAUAGAAGUUCCCAAAAAAGAUCACUCAGACAAUGAUGAAAUGAAACUAUUAGAGAUGAAUUUAUCUGCAGGAAAAAACAGAAUUCUGAAAAAAGAAUCAGCUUCUAAAGAGAUACAGAAGACACUGCCUAAAUGCAUUAAACGACAGUUCAAGCAAAAUAGUUGUCUGGAUCAAAACACUACUGAGCUUUCACCAAGGAAGAAAGCUAAACUGAGCACUAAUGAGGCUGUGGUCCAGAGUUCAGAAAGUAGCCUGCAGUUGGAUAGUUGCUUGACUGAGCUGAAACAACUUGAAGGGUCAACUCUGGAGCUGCUUUCCUUGACAGAUCCUGCAACAUCGGUAUCAAACUUUCUGAAAGGGACCAAACCCAUCCAGGCCUUGCUUGCCAAGAAUACUGGGAACAAAGUGACCUUAACAAAUCAACUGUUGCCUCCUGCAAGCAUGAAGGUAUCUACUUCUGAAAAAUCAGUUUUACCAGCUUUGGAAUCAUCACUGAUCAAACCAGCAUUGCCCUGCCAGGCCAGUUCAAAGACUCCUUUACAAAUGGUAUACAAAAUGCCAAAUGGCCACUGCAUACCAAUAGAUGUUCCCAACAGCUCAGUGAAAAUUCAAAUGCAAGCUAUGAUUGACCCUAAAAAUGGAGAAAAAGUUAUGCAACAAGUUCUUGUUUUACCUAAGAAUUUUCUUCUUCAGCAGAAGGAAGAAAAAAUUGUGUCCAAGGAUAUUCAGUCACUACAACAAAAGUCAUUUGAGAUGCACUGUACAUCCUCACCAGAAAUGCCAAACGUCAGUGUUUCUUUAACACCUGUUCUGGUAACAAGCCCUGCAAAUACCACUCAGUCACUCACUACAGUUUUUAGCAAGAAUACUACCCACUCAUCACAAGUGGCUGGUCCCAUGAACACUACACAACCAUUGUCUAGUGUAACUUCAGCAGAUAACUUAUCAAUAAUUAAGGUAAGCCAAAGUGACAGUGGCAAAUUCAAGACUACAGUUUUGGCUGCUACAUUGCCUGUGUCUUUGGCUUCACCUACUCUUUUCACAGCUAGCCAAACCUUAACACCAGCAGCAGCAUUAAGUGCAUCUACAAACACUGAUUCUGCCUCUCACAGCAUAGCGUCACAGCAGCAAACUGACUCCCUUGAAACUAAGCAAGAGCUAAAGACAGUGUGUGUAAGAGAAUCACAAUCUAUCCUGGUCACAACACGAGGUGGAAACACUGGAAUUGUUAAAGUGCGAACAAACCCAGACCAGAUGUCACCUAGUAGUUUAUGUCCUAGUUCAGUUUUCACUUACGCGUCUCAACUUCAGGCCUUUCUCGUGCCAAAAACCACAGCAGUAUCAUGCUCUAGUCUUCCAUUUGUAGCAACAGCCACAUCUGGUCUCCCACAUAUUGGACAAUCAUCUCCUUCUGGAUUGGCCCCCUCAACAACUUCUUUUGUUAACAUUCCAGCUUCCCCUGCUGAUUUUACCCAGGCAAUGGAGAAAAAUAACAAAUUCACACUACAGCACCCAGCUGUUUGGGACUCUUUGUGUCAAGUAAGAGAGGACUCCUGCCAUGUGUCUUCUUCUUUAUCCUCCAUUCCAUUAGCUAGCAAUUUGGUGUCAGCAGCUCCAAGCAGCCUUGUUAGUGUGACUAGCACUGGACAAAGUAAUAUUGUAAAAACUCCAAAUUCUUCUGUGCAGCAUCAAGGGGAUACUAAAGUGAAAACAAAAUCUGUUACACAAUCUGAGUCAAAUUGUGCAACAAAUGGAGAGUUAAUCAGUGGUACUCCAGUCCAGAAAUUUACAUUAAUCACAAAUCCACCAAUUUUAUCUCCAUCUGGGGCAUCAGGGGUCAAUAUUAUACCCUGUCCAGCAUCCACUGCUGUUAAUGCUCAGAAGCUGGUUUUCAUUAACACGCAAAUUGCCAGUGGCCCAUCAACCACCAGUCUAGUUGCAGAGUCAUUGAAACAGAAACUUCCUUCUUCCCUGACCAAAGGCUUUGUUAAUACCACAGAGCACCCACAGUUGGUUUUGAUCCCAUCUACAGUAGGAGCACCAAUAAGAAUAAACUCAUCACCAACUAUUGCUCAAGUAAAAGAUGUGAAAAUUGGACUAAAUAUAGGUCAGACCAUUGUAAAUACUAAAGGCAGUGCACAGGAGGCUGUACCAGUUAAUAUAUUUCACUCUGGCAUUUCUAAAGGAGAAGACAAUAAGAGGACAGCCUCAGCCCUAUCCUUGACAAGUAGUACUGUGGUUCCUGUUCCAAGUUUUGCUGUGUCAGCUGGUGAAUCUAUAUGUGUUGCCACAAAAGCUGAAAAUGCCGUUACAAUGACAACAGCAAAUGCACAAGUAGAAUCUGUUUCAGUUACAUCAAGUGGAAGUUCCUCCUCUGGGGCACAGCCUACUGUCUUGAUUGGUGGCAAUGAUCCCUCAAGAAUAAGGCCAGUUCUGGGUAAUCGACUUUGUACAUCAAAUAUUGGAAAUACUGUGGGUAUAUCAACUGUGAAGACAGGACAUCUUGCUUCGUCUGUGCUGAUUUCAACACAGCCAACAGUAUCUCCACAAAACUUAGCAUCUGCUCUGCAAUUUCCAGUCAUUAGCUUGCCUGGACCUUCAGCCACCCCCCACAAGGUGUUACAAACAGUUCCUCAAUUGGCAGCAGUUCCAGCUCCUCUUCCAGUCCCAAAAAGACAGUUGCCCACACUGGUUCAGUUUCAUUCAUCAGGAAUUUCAGCUGCUGUGUCAAGUCAUGCAGGUAUUCACAAACCUCAGAGUGUGUUGCCCCCUCCAUCGCCAAAUGCAGGUGAAGUAAUUAGUUUUCCCAGUCUUUCUACCCUGCAAUGCCAGCAGGUGCCUCGCAGUACAGAGAAACAAAGUCAUGAUUAUGCUUGUGCUUCUGCUGUUCAGAUAUCUGAAGCUUUGCCCCCUGUAACAAGCAAAACAGGAGGAAUUCCGUUGAAUGAACCUUCCACUCAACAGAAAAUAGUCAUUAACACUUGUAUGCCUUUGGCACCUGGAACUCAGAUAAUGAUUAAUGGUACUCGCUUUGUUGUUCCACUACAAGGCCUUGGAGCUGGCAGCCAUGUUCUUCUUCUCUCCUGUAAUACAAAGCAAACUCCUUUAACAAUUAACCAUGGUCAAGAGCCUCAAGAUGUACCAACUGUUAAUCCAAUAACCUCAAAAAUCAUCCUAGCACCAAGUAAUUCAUUAAGUUCGCAAAUACCAAAACAUCCUUUGAAAAGCUCUACAAAAAUUGUGAACUCUUUUGGAGCUGCAGAUGCUUUACCCAUCGUACGUGCAACACCUCAGAUAUUUGGUACUCCAGCUAGCUCAUGUACUCCACUGUCUACAGUAACUCUGCCUGUAUCUUCAGUGACAAAGUCUCCCAUUAAUGUAGCUGCAUGUUCUGUUUCUGCUGUUCAUCCUCCGAACUCUCAUUUACCAAGCAACACAUCAGUGUUUCAGCUAGAUGGUUCUAUCAAAAAACUGUUGGUCAGUCCAGAGGGAGCCAUACUGAAUGCUCUAAAUACUUCAGCACCAAAAGUUCCUUCCCUGUGUUCAUCACUGCUUCCUGUUGUUAGUUCCACAAGCAGAAAUGCUACUGCAGUCUUCCCUGCAUCUCAGUCAUCUUGCCUUGAUAAACCUGACAAAGCUGCACCCUGAAUUUACUGCAAAUGAGCCACUUUGAAAUUCUGGGGCAUUCUUCAAACUUUGGAACUUGUUAACUAUUGAAAAAUUUCUUGUAAUGUUUUAAGCAAUUGGUUUACUCAAUAUUAAUAAGGUUACAGUUCUUACCUGUUUACCUGUGGGGAUAUGGAGAAAGAAAAAUUUUAGUUUGUCAGAAGUUUUCAGAAAGUUCUCUAGUAAAAGGCUCAGAGAUGACCAAUUAAUUCAUGUAAUAGUUUGAAGAAAUCUCACAAUUUGCACAUGUUCCAUCUUACACUAUGGACUGUUUGCCAGUGUGUUUAUGACAGUACAUAUCUCCUUUUUAUUUGUCAAAUUUAUUUUUGGCUUGUUUCUUUAAAAAAAAAAUUAUGCAUUGUAAAAAUGCAGUCUACAGUAUAGAAUUGUACAUAUUCCUGAACUCCUAAAAACCUGUACUAAAUAAUAUGUACAAAGAACUAUGCUGUCUUAUUUAUGUUUUGUUUACAUAAUGUAUAGUUUUUUAAGUAUUUUAGUAACUUUGGACCAGUGUACUGUUUAGCAACAAUGCAGAAGAAUCUGCAUGUAAUAAAUCAAGUUGCUGUACUGCUUUGUGUUGGCAGUAGUUAAAAAUAUGUGUAUCUGUUGCACCAUGGGAGAAUACAUACAUACAUACAUACAUACAUACAUGCAUACAUAUAUAUCUUUCUUUUGGUGUAUGGUAGAAUGAAAUUAUAUAAUCUCUUCUGUUCUUCUCUGAUUUUACAUGUCACAUGAUUUGACAGGAUUUGGAAGGAAGGCCUCCUUAUUGUUCCUCAUGAUAUCGGGCAGGAUAACCCAUACUUCAUCCAUUCUUAAUGGUUUGGUUAUGUUGCCUAAAUAACUGGAGUGAAAUGGUAAGGCUACAAAUGGAUUCCUAUACACCAGUCUAAGUCACACUGAUUGCUCUUAAGGACUGCCAUGCUUUGUCUUAAAGCUCAAAGAUCUGUUGAACAAUUCAUUGUUCUCUGUUUUUACAACCUUGUAUGUAUUUCCACAUUAUCUGAUAACUGUAAUAAGGUCACUCACUAAUCUUCCAUCUAGCCAUAACAACUACCCAUUUUUUUCCACUGGUCACACUUUCUAACUCUGUAUGUUUUCUUUAGCUUAUAAGUGCUCUAUCUGGAAGGACAGUGCUAAAACAUCAUACAAGAUUAAAAGAAGCUUUAUCAGUACUUUGAAUGGGGAUAAUUUACAUAUUGCAUAAACCUUCCCUUUUUAUACAGUGUAUUCAGUAUUUAUUGGCUUAGUUUCAGCAUUUGAUCUGAUAAAACCUUUGGGUUAUUUUCUGCAGAUCUGCUGAGUUCACAGCUGCCUGCUCAUGGAGAUAAGUUUUUUAUAUGUUUUGUGAUUUUGCAUAUAGAGAAAGGGUGCCCAUCUUAUCUUAUGGAAGAUGGUGAUUUUAGAAUUGUUGUCUUCGUAUGUGUUGGAUUUUUUGUGGAGUUUGUUGGUUUGGGUUUUUUUAGAAACUAGAAGGGAGGAUUUCAGAAGAGCUUAUGAAUAAGAGUUGCCUUUUAAAUAGCUAUGACAAAGGGGAUAAAAGCUUACAUAUCUGUAUUUAGCCGUGUUUGUAGACUGAGUUUCAUAAAAAUUAAGCUUCAACCUUUGCUUUCAUCCUGUUGAAUUUUCUACUUCCCUUCCCCUUUUGCUGUACACAGUUCUGCAGUUCAGAUGUUGAGUUGAAGAACAGGACCACAUCUUACUGCCUCUGUCAGCUGCUGUUUAAAUUGUUCUGAAAAGUAACCUGAUGGCUAUUUAGCUGAAGUUCUGGGAAACUGGAGGCAAGAAAGGCUUGUGCCUUCCACAGGAACCUUUCGUUUUGCACUAAUUAAAAGAAUUUCAUUGGGGAAUUGCAUCUUUAUGGAUCAGAAAUCUCCAUCUUAUCUUAGAGCUGGGAAAGAUGGAAACUGUCAGUUUUGGAAUGAAAUAAGGUUUGUUUAAAUUCAGAAAAAGCUACCUGCUACAAUUUUCUUACUUCUCAUGGAGUAAUUGAUUGUAAUUGAUUUUAAAGACACCUGGUACUAAGGGUGUCUGCAUGCCCUUGUAGAGUUUACAGUACUAAGGAUUUUUAAGUCUGACUGCAUUUUACAGUUGAAUGCUGCAGGUGUCUUUUCCAACACAGGGAGAUGGCAGAGAAUGGCAGUUCUUUCAUGGACAUUUUACCCAUAUGUACCAGCAGCUCAUUUUAUUUCCAUUUCACUGGUUGAACCUUGGGACUUGCUUUUUUUGAUUUUCUCUUGCAAUGACUGUUUUUUCCUUUUUUCUAAUUUAUGCUUACUGUAGAGUGAAUUGUCUGCAUUGUUUGGAAAGCUCAAGACUGGAUUCUAGUAUUGAAGUUGUUCUUGAUGGAGAAAAAAUUCUUGCAUGACAUUUUUCUGUGUGCUAAUGUAAUGGAAAGAUUUAUGCUACAAUUCUAAUAAAGAGAAAAGUCAGAAGGGCUGAAUUUAGGAACUCAGGACUCAAGUAACUUGCUUGAAUUAUUUCCAAGAAAUUUUCUGAAUCAAUAUGGCGAUAUUUUAUGAUUUUCAUAAAUAUUUUAUAAUUUGGCAGACAUAAUCUUUACAACAUGAGAAGUUUGAUUAGUUUGAUUACAGUUUUCAUGGAUUUUUAUUCUCAGAUAUAUGUUCACAUUCCAAAUCCUACUGGAGAAGGACUUGAUACUGCUAUGUAAUGGGCUUGCAACAUUAAUUAUGUAAAACCAAAUUUUAGUAAUUUUUGUGAAUAAAGUUCCUAUUCUCAAUACUCUUUUCCGAUAGUAUGAAUUUCAGUCAGAGAUAAGGCUUUUUUUCAAGUGAACCUAAAUACCCAUUGACAAUUUGUUAUGUACCUUUUGCACUCCACCAAAUGAAUAGUGCUACCAGUAGCACAAAAAGAACUGUAAAAAUGUAGAUUAUAUUCACAGGCACAAUGAAAAAGCAAAAUUGCCUGCAUCUCGACUUGAAAUUAAAAAGACAUUUAAUGAAACAUAUAAACAUAGAUGUAUGAAUCAGCCUUUUAAGAAAACAUGUUCAACAUUUCAGAGCUUGUGAAAUGCCUUGCUUUUGUACACCCUCUGAUAUUGUAUACAAUAUUCAAGCACUAUAUUACAUGCAAAAUUCUAGCUUUACUAAUGACUUUGAAUAUUCUGAAUGUCAUCCUUUUAUUUACCUGAAUGGACAUGUUCUGCACAAUAGUCUUACUUUGCUAUGAGUAGAAAAUUACAUUAAUUUUGCUUUAUUGUUCAAACUCUCAUGCGUGUGCUGCCAUUUUCUCAUAGGGAUUCUCCCACCCUAGAAGCAAUUAUAUUUGACAAGUUUUAGGGGCCAUAUAAGUACCUAUUCAAACCAAGUGUGUCUGCCAAGUCAUUCAAACCUGUGCUGAUUUCACUGCGUAACAUGGCAAAGGGUUUAAUGUGAAAAGGGAAGCAAAAAUUCUCCUGGGAAGUGAGUGAAGAGAAAGUAAUAUGUCUCAUGGGGGUAGGUCAGAAAAAUACUAAAAGCUAGCAUUUGUAGGGCAUCCAUAGCUGCCACAGUGUGUGUGGUUCAUAGUUGGUGGUAGUGCAGAACUUUAGUAGCCCAAAUUAGUUUUAAAGUAAAUUAAUAUUUUUUAUUGAAGCAUGAAUGUUUGUUAUGUUAGGAGUGUUUCCUUUGAAUAGAAUGGGCAGAGGUUCUCACAAAAACUUAUGUAGACUGCUCUCUGUAAGCUGCACCUCACAUGACUUCACUGGCUCAAAAUAGUAAGAAAAAUAAGAUAAAUAAUGCUGCAUCAAACUUAAGAUCCAUCUAUCCUGUUAUGAUGGCCAUCAAUCCCAGCAUCAUCUAGUCUCUUGAAGCACUUGACAGUAGCAUUCCAAAAGAGCACAAAACCAGGUCUGAAUACUCUUUUAGUAUCCACUUAUCUGUGAGCCAGGGUAUUCCUCACACAGCUGUGAUUUUUUUUUUCCUAUUUAAUAGCUUUCAGUGUAUUUCUUUUGAUGAAAUACACCAAUCCUUUCAAGAAUUCAUGGAAGUAUGUAAAAAGAUUAUUACCAUCCACAGCAUCCAGUGGUAGAGAGUUGGUAAAUAAAUCUCCUUUCUGGUUUUCAAACCUGGCACCUGCUAGUUUCAUUUGAUAAUAUUUACAUUGUAAGACAAAACAAGCCUUUGCUCUUUGCUAUUUUUCUAUAUGGCCUAUGUAGACCUUUGCCAUGUUGGUUGUCUAUUUUCCAGAAUAAAGAGAAGUUGUGAAUUCAAUUAUUUCUUUCAUGGAAGUAAUCAGUUGCUGUCAUUGCUGUGUAUACCUUUUCAAUUUUACCGUAUCCUUGAGAUGUGGUAUCAGAAGAGUGAGUGUUCUAAAGGUCCUGUGAGCUAUUCAUCAGUGUGUUGAUGGGUUUUCUUCAUAAUAAUUAUUUCAGUGUUUGUGGGUUGGUUUCUGACUAUUAUUUAGCCUCGUACUAACUUUUUCAUAGAAAUAUGAAUUGUAAACCAACUUCACAUCAGU